AUGUCUGAUGCAUCGAUGGACAGACGGACGGACAGAGAUAGAGACCUCUGUAGAGACACGAAGAGUGAGUCAGCGAGACACACAGAGAGACACAGAGAGAGACACACACAGAGAGAGAGACAGAGACACACAGAGAGACACACAGAGAGACGCAGAGAGAAUCGCAGAGAGAAUCGCAGAGAGAAUCGCAGAGAGAAUCGCAGAGAGACACACAGAGAGAGAGACACACACAGAGACACACACACACACACACAGAGAGAGAGAGAGAGACACACACACAGAGACACACACAGAGACACACAGAGGGACGCAGAGAGAGACGCAGAGAGAAUCGCAGAGAGAGACACACACACAGAGAUACACAGAGAGACACACAGAGAGAGAGACACACACAGAGACACACAGAGAGAGAGACGAUACUACCUAAUCUUGAAUUUGACCUUUUUGAAUGUGUGUCAGUCUCUCUCUCUAAAUCUCUCUAAAUCUCUCUCUCUCUCUCUCGAAAUCUCUCCCUCUAUGUCUCUCUCUCUCUCUAAUCUCUCUCUUCUCUCUCACCAAUUCAUUCUCUCUCCCUCUCUCCCUCUCUCUCUCUUCUCUGUCUCUUCUCUCUCGCUUCUCUCUCUUUUCUCACUCUUUUCUCUCUCUCUUUUCUCACUCUUUUCUCUCUCUCUUCUCUCUCUCUUCUCUCUCUCUUCUCUCUCUUCUCUCUCUCUUCUCUCUCUUCUCUCUCUUCAAAACGUUCUCACACACACACACACUCUCACUCUCACUCUCUCACUCGCUCACUCUCUCGCUCUCUCCCACACACACACACACACACACACACACGUUGGGGCGUCAUGUCGUCGCAAAGUCGAGAUGGCAGUGGGGGAGCUGAUUGGCAGGCCCCAUGAUCUUUGUAUUGAACCCUCUCCCUCACUCACUCGUGCCCCGCGCGUUUGGCUCGGUCGGCUCAUCGCUGAGCGCAUGACCGAUGUGGACAUUCACGCCUCGGACGAUGGCGAGACGCCCCUGCAUCGAUGCUGCCGCACCGGCUCUAUCCCCUGCGUCUCGUGUUUGAUUGAUAUGGGCGCCAACAUCAACGGGACUUGCUUUGCCGGCCACACCCCGCUGCACGUGGCCUUUGAGGCUUCACACCACGAACUCGCCCAGUGGAUCCUCGAUCACGGGGGUCACCCAUGCAACCGCACCUGCACCCGCUGCAAACUCAACCUCAAACUCCUCGAGCGCCGCCGACAGCGCUCCCUCCCCGCCCAGCCCCCACCGACCCAACCCGCGCCCUCCCCGACCAACACGCCCGCCACCACCACGAGCAACAAGCGCAAGAAGAAAAAGAAAAAAGCCACCAAAUCCCGCACCCGCACCCCCGACGACGCAGAUGCACACGCAAACGCAAACACAAACACAAACGUUGCCGCUCCUCCACCCCCCGUCCAUCUCAAUGGCACAAACGAGAUGUGGGGCACAAUCACACCCCCACAGUCACCACCCCUUACCACCACCGCCAGCUCACCCUCGGCCCUAAGCUCCCAGCCCAGCUCCAGCUGUGACCAGUUCGACCCCGACCCCGACUAUGGUCAUAACCAUGGCCACAACCAAGAAGAAAACCACAACCACGACCAUGACCACAAUCACGACCAACAAGAACCAGAUUCGCUGGAUUUCAACACCUUCCUGGACCUCGACUCUGAAAUCCAAAAGCUCAAGCAGGAACUUGGCGGUCGCUCCUUCACCGAUGCCAUGCACCAGGACGCCGCGGCCAAGCGCGAAGAAGCCAUGGCUUUGACUCGGCGUCGCCUUCGCAACGAUCAGCGCCGAAACGAACGCGCACAGGUCAAUGAAGCCGCCGCCGCCCAAGCCGCCCAAGCCGCUGAUCAGCAGGCCCGCCAGCGCCCCGCCGUUCCCACCGUUUCUCGCGCCGUUCAGGUCUCGGAAUACGACCUUGCUGACCUCCCCCUCGACGCCUAUCGUGCCUCCACCGACCUGGGUGAAGAAGUCCCGCCCGAAGAAAACUCCCGCUGGCGCGUCCGGGCCGGUUCCCGCUUCUACUGGCAGGUCCAAGGCCGCCCAGCCACCAAGCGUUUCUUCUUCCAAGUCAACCUGGCCCAAGGUCCUCAAUUCGAUGUCCGCGUCCCUCGCAUCCGCAACCCUCACAAGCGCUCCGCUUUUGAACUCAAGUUUAUCGAUAUCAAUCGCAUCCUCCCUCGUGCCGACUAUCUCCUGGCUAUUGCCUUUACAUGUGAUUGGUGGCGGGGCGUUGUCUGCAACGCGCUCCGCGAGAUCACGGGCGGUUUUAUCGAAGACGCCAAUGCCAUCAUUCAGCGCGCCCUUCAGACCCGUCUUCGUCUCAAGAACAUUAUGCCCCUUCGAAACGUCUUUGUCGCUCGCAACGACACCCCCUUUGCCGGCAAAUGGGAGCGCUGCAACCUCACCCUGUUUGAUGCCGCCGUCCUUGCGACCAUUCGCAUGGGCUCGGGUAACCUCCAGCAGCCUCGCCCGCUCAACGGCCUGCGCGCACGCGCCCCGCCCAUUUUGUCCAAGCUGCACGACCUUAUGGAUUUUCACAUCUUUGGUCGCCAGCUUGCAAGCCUGCGUGAGUAUGCGCUGGUCUUUGAUCUAUGCCAAAGAAUGCUGGCCCGGCCCGAGGAUGCUCAAUUUUUCGAAGCCAUCAACGCCGAUGUGGCUUACGUACUCGCCGAAAUUGUUGGCCCAUUUCUGGCCCACGAAAUGCGGCAGAUUGAGUCAGCAACGGACGCUGUGGAUGAGGACUUUACCCGUGAACGCGAAGCCUGGGAGGCUGCGCUCACAUUUGACAUCCGUCCAGUCAUGGCUCACCUGUGCCACGUCCUCAGCGCUGCCCAAUAUACCCGCCUACUCAUGUUGAGCAUGCAUAGCGGCUCCUAUGCCGUCCGCCUUCGACAUGCCCUGCAAGACGAAACUGAACGCCGCGCUCGCGAAUGGCUAGCUAGCCAGGCCAUUGAUAUGUAG